UGUUCAACAUAAGCAAAAAGAGAGGCUAGUUCAAAAAUAUUGUGCAUUUGCAAUGGCCAACUUCAUUCAUGCUCUAUCUGCACUUUUGUUCCUCAUCCUUGUCAGCCAAGGGAAUGGCCAACAAUGUGAUAAUAAUUCAAAUUUUGUAAUUACACAAUCGGCAACAGGAGUGAAAGUGGGAAACAAGCCAGAGUGGAAAGUGACUGUAAAAAAUAACUGUGUGUGUACUCGAACCUCUAUUGCAAUAGGUUGCAAUGGAUUUCAAACUACAGAAAAACUUAACCCUUCAAUCAUCGCCUUGGAGGGUGGAAAGUGCGUGGUAAAAGUUAAUUCAGGUGUUCUUCACGGAUUCGAAUCAUUCAGUUUCACCUAUGCUUGGGAUUCUCAAUUUAAUUUCAACUCAGUCGAAUCUUUGGUCCAGUGUUCUUAAUAUGUAAUUUCAAAGAGCUUAUGGCUACAAUAAAACAAUAAAGGUGAUACUUAUUGUGUCCAAGCUGGCCAGUGCCACUAUUAAUACUAAUACAGUGUUAUCCUAAAA